ACUCGCAUUAUGAUGUCGCUCCAAUGCCUGCGUCGCCUCGAGCGGCUCACGCUCAAUCCGAAAAUAGCACUCAAUCCACAAAUUAUACGACCCUCGUCGAUACCCCGACUAUGUACCUCACGAACUGUGCCCUCCCGCCGCCCGUUUUCCUCCACCCCAAUCCCUCGCGCAACCCUCAUGCAAGUCCUCCGCGGAUGCCGCAAGCCCCAACCUAAACGACGCGCCGAAUCACCUGCUGUGCGCGGCCGCUGUGAGAUGAAAGGAGUGUGUGUACGUGUCGGUGUCAUUACGCCGAAGAAGCCUAAUUCAGGAGAGCGCAAGUUUGCAAGAGUGAGGUUGAGUAGUGGCGAGGUUGUUAUGGCGUAUAUUCCAGGGGAAGGACAUAAUUUGCAGCAGCAUUCUGUGGUGAUGAUUAGAGGAGGGCGGUCGCAAGAUUGCCCUGGUGUGAAAUAUCAUGUUGUCAGAGGAGCGCUAGACUUGGGUGGUGUAGGUAAUCGUGUCACGUCGAGAUCGAAGUAUGGGACGAAAAAGCCCAAGAGCAUCGUCUCUGAAUGAGUCCAUUCUUGAAUAGCUGUAUUAUUAGCAUUCUCACACAACUUUGUUCGAGAAAGAGUGUACGACAAGAAAAUAUUAGCAUACGGCGUGAAAACUAUUUACAGUUGCGACCGAUCUUAAUACAGUCCCUGC